CCAGACGGGAAGCGAACGAUGGUGCAAUUCCAAAUUGCAUGCAUACCAUUCUAGACGAAAGACGCUAGCUGCCUGCAACCUUUUCGCAAUUAUGUAACUAGAAAGCUUGCGGUGGAGUAAUUUUACGUAGGCUCUCUCUCUGCUUUUUCAUGGCACACUGCUCAACUCUGCUAACUUUAUUUACAAUAACCGAUGAUUCCAAGUAUUUAGCCACUUUUCUAAAGUUACUUGAGAUUAACAGUUGAUCAAUUUCAUGAGAUUAUGAAUUAUUACUGAAUUUUAUAAUUCUGUAUUGCAGAUGACUAUGUCACAUGAAUGUCAUCUUUUAAUCGCACGCCAUCCUGUUUAACCUAUGCUAUACCGGCUAUAAGUUUUGAGUAAAUCACAUUUUUCUAGCUUAGGAGAAGUAAAAUACGAAGAAUUACAUUAUUAUGAGGGGAAAAAUUAAUAGUGGGCUUAUCUAUUAUACUAACUAGAUUUGCCCGACUGACCAAGUGAACUCAACAGGUUUGGCUGGUCGUAGUUGUUUCAUUCAUCUGCUGGUCUCAGUCUCAUCUCGCGAUUCUUUCUCUCAUCAUCAGUAAUGCUAAAUGAUUUUAUGGACUGUGUUGUUGGUUUGAUUGGGAGGAGUAUUGCUAGUCGUGGAUGAAUUGUUGUGUGUGCAAUGUGCACUCUCUGAAAAUUGAGUCAAUUUCCGUGGUUGUGUCAGACGCGUCCAUGAUGAUGAUGUAGCAAGUAAAAUGUUGUUACCACAUCAGUCAGAUUGCUUUGGGUAGGUAUGUAAACUUGGCCUACUAAACUAGCAAAGGCAGAAUAAGCUAUGGUGGUGGUAGUAGUGCGUUACUUCAUUCAGCAGCAACAUCAGGUUAUUGCAUAGCACAAUUGCAAUAUUACCUUAACAGUAGUGCGAAUAAUAUAGGUAUGCCGUAAGAAUAGGCUGUAAAAGUUAUUGUGCAUGCAUUGCAUCAAUCCCAAUCACAAGCCUAAAGAAAAGACGAGUCCGCAUUUCAAUCCCAAAUUGAGCACAAGAAGAAUAUUCUUUACCUUAACACCAAGCUAAACUUGUGGUAGAGCAAGUCAAAGUCGCACAUUGCAAAUAUUUCUGCAAACUCUAACCACGCUUUGCACACACUUUGCUUGGUUUUGUGACUGAAGUGGUCUAAUUCUCAUGAAACCUUCGCUGUGUAGAGUUGUCUCACACAAAAAGUCUCAUCUUUCUUACCCCGUCUCACAUUUGAGUGAGACAGCCUCAUUGCUUGAGUGAGUGAGACGGCCAAAUUCGCAUGCUUGCCUGUAACUGGAGGGGAUUAGUGGAAUAAUUAACUAAUAAAACCUCUUCUAGUGUGCCAAAUACAGGAGAAAAUAUAAACAGACAAAUGCGUAUAAUUUAUUUGAGGAAGCGCAUUUAACCCGUUUCUUCAUCUAUACGUACAAAGCAACCCGAAAAGUCGGCAACGUUCGGAGUGUUGAACUUCCUUCAACUUCCCGAAUCUGAAUCCGGGGUUUUGUCGUUGUUUUGUAAGUGUCUUCUUGUCUGUGGUCUGACCGAGUUUUCCAAAGUGACAGGAAGUUGCUCCACUAACCAACCGGGAAGGAAGGAGACAAGAAGUGAGUGAAUAUAAGGAAGGGAAGUUCUGCUGGUCCAGUGGCCCAGUUUUCACAUUUUCGCCGUUUAUCUUACAAAAUGUUGUCCACCUGUUGACGUGCUGUGAUUACGAACCUCGACCACUCAUCCUUCUAAUCCUCAGUCCUGGUUCACAUAAAUUCAGAUACAACAGAGCAAAUAGCAGAAGUUUACUUAAGUUUGCAUGUGAUUCAUCCGGGUUUAACUGACCCAGCACCACCCCGAAGCCAGAAUUAUUUGAGAGAGGACGAGCCAAAAAACCAAUCAAUAAUAAAUACGGAAACAUAAAGUGACUUCCUGUUUUGCAUUCCUGUGCCGACUCUUGUUCUUCGGUUGGUGCAGCACCCACCAAAUUUCUACGCGGGUCAAGACUUGAAGCAAUUGUUGUUUGCAAACGAAACGCAACGCUGGUACCUCGUGGCGUGCGUGGUAUAAUUAAGCCAACAAUGGACACCGUGCAUAAAUACGCCGUUGUCAUAUACUAAUAAUAGGGGGAAACUCCUUGGAGUGGAUUUGUUGACUUUUCAGAGAAAUUGUUUACAAUAAACUUGCAAACCCGACGACGCCAGAACAAAGCGAACUAACUGCAAAACAGGAAGAGUUUCUCGAAAAUGGCGUCGAUGAUGGAGAGAAAAACUGCUUAUUGGAAAUAAAAUUAGUUUAGCUUUGAUGCCCUCCCCCAACAAUCGAACCCCGCAUUUCGUCACUUCAUCCCGUCCCCAGUGAACCAUUCCAAUUUUCACAGCAUCAUCGGAAACGUCCGUGUCGAGUUUAAGAGAGCGAGGUUACAUAUUAUUGCAGCAGGAAUGAAAACGACAGAAAAGGACGGGGCCCAAGAUGUCCCAUCCACCAUUCCCCGGGUUAAACCCUUGAUCCUUAAAACCCCCACAGAUUCAAGGAAGCUUAUCCAGAAACAACUAGUUAUCCUCCUUCAUUCGCACGCUUGUCUAAAAAAGGAUCUCGCCAAUAGUGCCAAACGAUGCAAUGUGCCCAACUGCUCCAUGAUGCAAGAAGUAUGGCUGCACAUAAAAAAAUGUCGGAUUGGUCCCGACUGUCCCCAUAUCCAUUGUUCGUCCUCUCUGAAAAUAUUGGCUCACUGGAAACAUUGCAAAGAUCCCGAGUGUGCCGUUUGCCAAUUGGUGCGAUUGAAGGGUGCGAAACAAUUCGAGUUGCACACUCAACGGCAGCAAAGUCGCAAAGAGGAAGUGGGGGUGCCCAUGCCAUUCGACACGACGACGAACACCACAGCCAAUCCAAUGUUCUUCUGUGGUACGGGUCAGUCACCUGCUUGUCGUCGUCAAGGUCUGUCUCAUCAUCAAUGCCAAGGCCACCACCAGCCACAACCAGGAAAUAAAGCUGCUGAUAGUUUAGAUUUAUCCUCGCCAUCGUCGUUGUCGUCGUGCAUCAAUUAUUCAUCUGAUUGCAGCCACACACCAACUCGUAAUAGCUCUUGCUGUAACAACCCUUAUCAUCAUCAUGAUUCUCACUCCAGCAAUGAUAGUUACAGUUCCAGAGAUCAUCAUGCUAUUAAUUUAUACCAUAAUGUCGCAGCAACAGCAGCAGCAGCAUCAUCAUCUCGCUUUUGGUCUCAUUCAGAUGGUUCAACUGCAAUGUCACUGGCAAUGAUGGCACCGUUGCGUGUCUCAUUUUCAUCCGAAAAUAAUUUGCCCCAUGAUUGUCCAGUAGGUCAGUAUUUGAGCUUAGGCCCGAAUAAUCCUGAGUCGUCCUACCAUUUCUAUCAUCACCAAAAUAUAGAACCACCUCAGCGUCUGGAUGCUCGGUGUUUAAAUAACUGCUAUUAUGGCCAACUUAAUUGUCAACCGUAUUUUAGCGAAAAGAACGGAGACGAUAAGCUAAAAAUGAUCACCAAACCUUUAGAAACACCUCCUCCUCAUCUCCUGCCGAAGAGACGACCUUUUGAAGACCAGCCAUACACUGAUCAUCCUUGCUCAUUACUGCCAGUCCCUUCUGCCCACGACGUCCGACGAGCUUACGAGCAACUGGGCAUUCCUUGUCCAGUGGAUGCGCUGCAACGCUUAAUGGCCACACUGCCCGGAGGAAUUUGUCUCGUUGAGGAAAACCAAACAUAUUGUUCAAAACUUGAUAAAGGUGUCGUCAGUAAGAUGAGAACCGCGCCUGCAUCCCGUCACCGGGAUGAUGACAACGUCGAUGCUGAUGACGGGAUUCAUGAUAGUACUGAUGAUGAAACCCCAGUGGUAGUGGUAGUGGGAGACCCCACAGACUGAACCUUCUUAAUGAGACACAUAUCAUAUUGAGAGUAGAAAUUGUGGUCAAUAGUCUUCCUAGAUUGUCUAUAUGUUCAUAUAAUAUGUCAUAUUUUAACCUUUGUGAUCAUCAGCUAAAGUUACAAAAUAUAAAGCAACAUUUCAACUUUGAAAAUA